AGCUGGCCGUGGGGGGGUGGGGGGAGGAACAUGGCGCAAGCUCUGUCUGAGGAGGAGUUUCAGCGGAUGCAGGCUCAGCUCUUGGAACUCCGAACAAACAACUACCAGCUUUCAGAUGAACUACGGAAGAAUGGUGUUGAACUUGCCAGUCUUCGACAGAAGGUCGCCUACCUGGAUAAGGAGUUCAACAAAGCUCAGAAGGCAUUGAGCAAGAGCAAGAAAGCUCAGGAAGUCGAGGUACUGCUGAAUGAAAAUGAGAUGCUGCAGGCAAAGCUGCACAGCCAGGAGGAGGACUUCCGUUUGCAGAACAGCACGCUAAUGGCCGAGUUCAGCAAGCUCUGCAGCCAGAUGGAACAGCUGGAACAAGAGAACCAACAACUAAAGGAGGGGGCUGCUGGAGCAGGGAGUGUCCAAGCUGCAUCUCUCGCCUUGCAGGAGCGCUAUGGGAAAGAGGCCAGGCUAUCCACGGGUGUCAGUGAGGGCCAAGGGGACCCCCCAGGGGGCCUGGCCCCCACUGUCCUGGCCCCCAUGCCAUUGGCAGAAGUGGAGCUGAAAUGGGAAAUGGAGAAAGAGGAAAAGAGAUUGCUCUGGGAGCAGCUACAAGGCUUGGAGAGCUCAAAGCAGGCCGAAACAUCCAGAUUGCAAGAGGAACUCGCUAAGCUCUCUGAGAAACUGAAAAAGAAACAAGAAAGUUUUUGCCGUCUACAGACAGAAAAGGAGACGCUAUUUAAUGAUAGCAGGAACAAGAUUGAGGAGUUACAACAGCGGAAAGAAGCUGAUCUCAAGGCCCAGUUGGCUCGAACCCAGAAGCUGCAGCAGGAACUUGAGGCUGCCAAUCAGAGCUUGGCAGAGCUGAGAGAUCAGCGGCAGGGGGAGCGCCUGGAACAUGCAGCAGCUUUGCGGGCCCUGCAAGAUCAGGUGUCCAUCCAGAGUGCAGAUGCGCACGAACAAGUGGAAGGGCUUGUGGCUGAGAACACUGCCUUGAGGACUAGCCUGGCUGCUCUGGAGCAGAUACAAACAGCAAAGACCCAAGAACUGAAUAUGCUCCGAGAACAGACUACUGGGCUGACAGCUGAGUUGCAGCAGCGGCAGGCUGAAUAUGAGGGCCUCAUGGGACAAAAAGACGACCUCAACUCUCAGCUCCAGGUGACAGAAUCCCUGCAGCAGCAGCAGCAGGAACAAGAGGAAGUCCUCAAGCAGUGUCGUGAGCAGCAUGCUGCCGAGCUAAAGGGCAAGGAGGAGGAGCUACAGAGUGUGCGGGAUCAGCUCCAGCAGGCCCAGGAGGAGCUGGACUGCCACCUGAAGACCAUCAGCAUCCUGAAGCAGGAGGUGAAGGACACAGUGGAUGGACAGCGGAUCCUGGAGAAGAAGGGCAGUGCUGCGCUCAAGGAUCUCAAGCGGCAGCUGCACCUGGAGCGGAAACGGGCGGACAAGCUGCAGGAACGGCUACAGGACAUCCUUACCAACAGCAAGAGCCGCUCAGGCCUUGAGGAGCUGGUUCUCUCAGAGAUGAACUCACCAAGCCGGACCCAGACAGGGGACAGCAGUAGCAUCUCCUCUUUCAGCUACCGGGAACUCCUGGGCUCAAGCGAUUCUCCUGCCUCCACCUCCCAAUCCUUAUCUAGCAGCCCUCAGGCCCAGCCUCCUCGGCCAGCAGAGCUGUCAGAUGAGGAAGUGGCUGAACUUUUUCAGCGGCUGGCAGAGACACAGCAGGAGAAAUGGAUGCUGGAGGAGAAGGUGAAACACCUGGAAGUGAGCAGCGCUUCCAUGGCAGAGGACCUCUGCCGGAAGAGUGCCAUCAUUGAGACCUACGUCAUGGACAGCAGGAUUGAUGUAUCUGUGGCAGCAGGCCACACAGAUCGCAGCGGGCUGGGCAGCGUCCUGAGAGACCUAGUGAAGCCAGGCGAUGAGAACCUUCGAGAGAUGAACAAGAAGCUGCAGAACAUGCUGGAGGAGCAGCUCACCAAGAAUAUGCACUUGCAUAAGGCCCCACCGCUGUUGCUGCUCCUGCAGCAGGAACACAGUUCCUCCUCCUGGUUCCUCUUGGCCUCUCUAGACACCCCCAGUCUCCUUGUCCGGGUGGCCCAGGGCCUCUCCAAGCCCACCAACCUGGAGACAGCCACUUUCUCCUAA